UGAUUGGAAUAUGAAAUCAUGCGUCAUAUACGACAAUGUUUAUGACGAAGAGAAAGGUGACGACAGUUUUGGUGACCACAAAGAUCAUGAUGGUAUGAAUGGAGGAUUUACAUGUGGUUACAACGAAAUAUUUUGUAUCGAAGCAAUGAGGUGUGUUACAGAAAAUGGUUAUUGUCCUUUACCAGACUGCGGCAGUUCACAAAAGGUUUGUUACAAAGAUGGCGCCUUCCAAUGCGCACAAUCCUGUCUUUAUGCCAAGUUUAUAAUAUCUAUGGAUGGCAAUUUCUUUGACAUUGUCGGAAGAAAUUACGAAAAUUACAAUAGCGUGAAGAAUACUCUGACACAACAAUUGGCUGCAGCACUUGGUGUAGAACAAAAUGAUAUCAUUGAGACGUAUCUGUGGAAUGGAUCUUUAUAUUUCGGUGGCAAGAUGGCUCAUGAGUUAAAAUCUAAACUUGAAUUAGUGAUCCAUGGUGACAAGUCAUUGAGUCUUAAUCUGGAUGGGAAACCGAUGAAUAUCAACUAUGACAAGAGUGCUGUUUAUGAAGAAACCGAAUAUGGAGAUGAAAGUUAUGAUGAUGAUGAUAGUCAGUAUAAAGACGAUGAACCAUGUCCUGAAUGCAGGGAUGAUGGAAUAAGAUGCGGAAUGGGCGAGGUGUUUUGCAUAGAAUCGGGUGAAUGUGUUAAAACAGAUGGUAGUUGCAUUGAUGAACCGCAAGAAUGCCCUUAUGAUGGCGAGGUACCCUGCAAUGAUGGGUAUGGUGGAUUUACAUGUAAGCCAUUCACGGAAUGUGAAGAUAAUGUUAACACUAUUCAAACAGCCGAAUUUUCCUUAACACUGCACGGCAACUUUGAUGAAGUAAUAGGUUUGAACAAAGGAAAGGCAAUACAAGAGCUACAAAUUACCUUACAAGCAAAAUUUGGUACACCACCUGGUGUGCUGACAGUCAUGGACGUAAAGAAUGGGUCGAUUGUGGUAAGCAUUGAAAUAUAUGCUUCAGUUGAGGAGAUUAAAGACUUUAUUAGAAAAUUGGAAUUGUUUGUUAAUAACAAGGAAACUGUCGAGUUAUUAGGACAUGAUCUACCAGUGGAAACAUUCGAGAUCCUAAAUGAACACGGUAUCCAUGACAAAGAAGGAGAUGAUAAUGGUCACGGAGGUGAUGGCUAUAGUGGAGUCUCGUGUACGAAUGGCCUGGUAUUUUGCAUCGAGACUGGGGAAUGUGUAUCUCCGGACGGCGAAUGUGUUGAUGAUAAUCAAUGUGAAAACCCAGUGGAGGUGCCCUGUAAUGAUGGAUUUGGGGGAUUUACUUGUAAACCAUACACGGAAUGUGAAGAUAACACUUUCACUACUGCAACAACUGAAGUUUCAUUAACACUGCAAGGCAACUUUGAUGAAGUAAUAGGGCAAAAUAAAGAAAAUGCAAUAAAAGAACUGCAAAUUUUCUUACCAGCGAAAUUUGGUACAGCACCUGGUGUGCUGACAGUUAUGGACGUAAUGAGCGGAUCGAUUGUGGUAAUCAUGGAAAUCCAUGCUGCAAUUGAGGAGAUUAAAGAAGUAAUAAGAAAAUUGGAAUUGUUAGUUAAUAACAAGGAAUCUGUUGAAUUAUCAGGACAUGUCCUUGCGGUGGAAUCAUUUGAGAUCCUAAAAGAUCACGAUGAAACGAACGGUGGAAACGGAGGCCAUUCUGAUAAAGAUGACGAUGAUGAAAGAUCAAUCACUUGUGAAGCUAACCAGUUGUUCUGCUUUGAGACACGUACAUGUGUGAGUGAAAACGAAUGUUCUGAGAAACCUAAGCCGCUUCUCUGUUCCGAAGUAGAUGAGAUAUUUUGUCCUGGUAAAGACCUUUGUGUACCUAAGACUGGUGAUUUAUCAUUGUGCAUGCCUAACAGUAAUGAAUGUAAUGAGACACAUGCACGCUGUUAUGAUCUUGGCAAUGCAGAGACAGCUAAAUGUGUACCAAAGCAAACAUGCCACGUGAAAUCGUUUUGUCCAAUACCACAGCAGGAAUUAGUGUCAACCUGUCAGGUGACCUGUAAUCCGAAGGAAGACGCGGAAAAUUCAGAUGGUCAAAUCUGUUGUCCUAACUCUUGCGGUGGUGAAAAUGGGGGAGUAUAUAUGGAUCCGCUCAGUUAUUAUGUAUGUCCGAGAGACGAAGAAACAGGACUUUGCCAAAUUCAACCAGGCACUAAAUGUGACACGGGAAUGAUAUUUUGUCCUGCAUUGGACAAGUGCGUUGAAGAUGAUUAUGAUUUUGCAUCAUGCCAGCCAGAGGUUACUGAGUGCAAUGAAAAACAGAGUUAUUGCCUCGAUGCACAAGGAUUUGGAACAUGUGUCCCUGCCGACACUUGUACAAUAAGAAGCAUCAAAAUCAAGAUGGCAACAGAUGCAGAUUUUUACACAAUGAUUGCAAAGGAAACAGAAGUUAUCGCUGAAUUAACUCCACAACUGAUCGACGCAUUAAAGAUUAACCCGAAUGCAUUUAAAAGUGUUGAACUGUUUCAAGGAUCGCUCGGAAUUCUGGUAACAUUAUCAAUCACCGACCCUAUGGAAGCCGAGUCAACUUUAGCACAGCUUGAGAUCUUGGUUCAGCAGUCGAAAUUGUCAUUUAUGAUUCUUGGCAGCAAAUACGACAUCAAUCCCGAUUCAUUCAAAGUAGGAGUAGACUUAGUGGUGUUUGAGGAUACUGAUUGUAAAACGACAGAAAACUGUCCCGAAUGUGGCGACGGCGAGGCAUCGUGCACUAAUAAAGAUGGAACGAAAUCAGUAAUUUGUGUUCCAAGUCAAAUAUGCCGUGUCGAAUCUGCGUGUCAACUACCAGUAAAAGAUGUUUUUUCAACGUGUCCAAUCGAAUGUGAUCCAAGACAAGACAAGAAACGGUCAGAUGGAAAACUGUGUUGUCCUAACGCAUGUGGUGGGGAGAGCAGCGGUGUUUACGUUGAGCCUGUCACACGUUACGUAUGCCCAGUGGACGAGGAUUCAGGGAUGUGUCUCACAGAGGCGGACACCAAAUGUGAAACGGGAAAAGAAUGGUGCUCUGCUACAUUUUCCUGUGAAACAACUGAUGAUGAUUGUUCCAAACAAGGCUUACAACAAAAUGUUGAUGAUGUCACAAAAUCAGAUAGAUACAUUGUUCGUAUACCUCUUGUGACGAAAGGAUUAAAGUUCAUCAAAGCAUUUGCACCAAAAGAUGCCACAGCUACAUUACAACAAGAAGUGGAGAAAUUUGCUAAUUUGAUGAAAGGAAAGCUUCUUAAAACUUUACAGACAGCAGAUACUGAUGUGACGAUAGAAAGGGUUGCAGUAUAUCCGGAGAAAAUCGAUACGAGGACAUUUUCCGUCUAUGCAGAUGUACUUUGCAAAACAUUGACAGCUAGUGACAUAAUGGAAAAAGUGGUAAUGCUUUUAUCGUCAUCAUUGGGUACCGAGGAAUUUACCCUUGAACAAGGAAAUCAUCCUUCUGUUACAGCUGUUUUAGGUCAACAAAGUGAUCAGAUAUUCAUAGUACGAAAACCAUUGGUGGCUGGCACGGACACAAUGUUGGGUCUGCUUAAAGUCGUACUAGAAACAAUGUUCACUUCUGUUCCUGUAAAGGCAACUCUAGAUUGCAGUGAAGCAGAAGGCGUGGACGUCGUUGCAGGCAAUACGGCGUCUCCGAUAAAUGAUAUAAGCAGUGACCAAGAAUUUGCUAUUCGUCAUAAACUUACCGAAAUGCAACUUGUGAAAUGUGAACUUUUAUCCAGUCAAUUAAAGAGCAUACCUGAUGGGGUGGCAGUGUAUAUUGGAUUUAUUGCUCUUCCAAAGGACAUUGGUAAACUUGGCACUGUGACUGACAUAGAGUUACUUCAAGAACAAAUACAGACUGAUGAAGAUAAUGACUGUAUAGGUCUACCAGACAACCUGUUUAGAAUAGAACACGAAGGCGAUAAACUGUUCGAGCUAUUAUAUGAUUAUCCGGCAAAAAUGACAGGAAACAAUGAGAUGUGGAUAGGACCUGUCAGUACGGCUCUGCAGGAACAGUUUAUAAGAUAUGUUAUAACCCGUGAAACAGUGUUAAGAAACAUCCGUGUUACUGUUUCAAUAGCAACAGAUAGCACUGGCUCACGACCAGCUAAAUUGUUGUAUAAAGGCGAUCCCCUUCGAGAAACGGAUGUUACGAAUUUACUGUCUUCGGAAGAUAGCCUUAAAGCACUGGAAAUAUGCGUUAGACCAGAUUACAGCGGUGUGUUUAACCUAGACAUUACAGAAAAUGUUGGGUUAUUAGGUACACCAGGUAGAAAAAUUGAAAUUCCAGUCGUGGUAAAUGGCCAAAAUGAUGCACCUGAGUUUACUAGAAAAUCAGAUCUGCCAACAGGUUUUACAUACCCAAUGGUGCCAACAGGUGAUGAUAUCAUCAAUGUUCCUAAAUUUAAUGUGAAAGAGUUAAUGGAACUGCUUGCUGUUGACACAGAUGGUGACGAUCUUGGAAUGGCUGUUGUUGGCGUUACAAGUAACAAAAUCGAUGGAACAUGGGAGUAUUCAAGGGAUGAGGGUAGUACGUGGGAGACUUUGGUUCCGAUGGAUACAGUUCCAGAAUCUGAACAGAUUAAUCAUAACGUGAAACUUCUCCAUCCGACAGAUUAUCUUAGAUUUACCGUUUCAGAGAGUCACAAAAAAGAAACCUGGCUGUUAGACAGUGCACCAAAGAUAGCUGUUCUUGCUUGGGAUGGCUUCAAGGAUGACAGUACUAUGACAGAUGACACUGUUAGCCUAGAAAUAUGUGACACAUUCGAAACUGGAAUCCAGAAAUACUGCUAUGCUGGGACAAAAUCUACUUAUUCAAAAGACAUGGUACAAUUUUCUCUUCCACGUGCUGGUUGUGAUGGUGAACCAAAUUCUGGCAAAGAAAUGAUGCAAUGUGGCUGCGGUGAUGAUCGGUCUUGUUUGGAUUGCUUUGGUGAACCAAAUGGAGAUGCCCAGCUGGAUGAAUGUGGUAUAUGCGGUGGUACGAAUAAUGAAGUCAAUUGUGAUGUCGAAGAAUGCAAACAAAUAAGAAAAGGCUAUUGCGAAAGACAAGAAGAAUUUAGUGAUAGUAUGUCUGAAAUCUGUUUGGAAGGUGAAACUCUUAACUCUGAGCAUAUAGACACUUGUGGUUUUUGCAUAGCAAAAGGAACAGUUAUUAAGGAAGAUCAAUGUGGAGUACCCUGUGGUAAUGACGAUUGUCUAGAUUGUGCUGGAGAAAAGGGUUUGUACGCUGAAAACACAUGUGGUGAUUGCAAACCGAUCGCACAACUCAAUGAAAAUUGUGGCAAUGAUGCGAUAAAGAUAGGAAACAUUCAUCCUCCUACGUCAAUACCUUGGGCCGUUAUGAAUAUAACUGUCAAUGUCAGUGGACUGCCGGAAAAUGACAGUCCUGAUAUUUCCGAGUGCCUUUUAGAACCCAAAGAAGAAAGUGAAGAAAACGCCGGAGCACCUGUCGUAACAAAGAUUACGUAUAUAGCAAAUAAGCCCUAAAUUAUCCUGACGAUUCAAGCAAAACCAUUUACAGGAUUAUUUGGUAUAUCUUGUACGAUAAACGGACAAACUGCCUCUACAAAGGAUAAUGACCAGUAUCUACACUUACACAAUAAUCCAGUACUUACAUCUGUAGAUCCGGUCAAAAGUCUAAUAUCUGAUAUAGGGGAUAUAACCAUAACAGGAAGUGGUUUCUUGGAUACAGGACUGGUUAUCUGUGUUAGACCGUGUUUAUCAGAUGAAGCUUGUUCUUAUAAAGAUGCCAAAGGAAAGCGUAUCAAUGAUGCACAAGUGAUUUGUCCAGCAAAAAGACUUCUCACAAGAAAACGAGGACAAACUUACAAUAUUUAUGUUGUUUUGCAAAAGCUACAAACUGUUGAUAUUGAAAGCUUAUUUAAAACGCCUGGUGUGCAGUUUUCUGUGGUUUUACCGGCACCAAGUGCGGUAUCAGCAGUCUUAGAUAAAUAUGGAUGUCCAAAGCUUAUAGUAACAUUCAGUACAAAAGUAAUCGGUACAUCUGGCGAUUCAUGUGGGGACUACUUUACGGCACCAACACUUAU